GCGGGCAGUGGGGGGAAUCGGCCGGGGCGCCCGCCGCGCCGGCUGGGGAUAAUCCGCGCCCGCGCAAUUUGAGGCCAGUACACCCUCGGUCGCGUACACCCCACCCUCCCACUCUCCCUCACUCUACUCUUUCCAUCCAGCGCGAGAGGCAGGUCGGCAGCAGAGCGAGAGCGCGUGCCAGCCCAUGGCGAGCACCAACAUGGCGUCGGCCACCUCGCGGUUCAUGCUGGCCGCGGGCGUGCCCGCGGCGGGCAGCGGCCGCGUCGGCUUCGCGUCGGUGCCCGGCAGGCCGCAGGGCAGGAGGCUCGUGGUGCGCGCCGAGGAGGAGGCCGCCGCGGCGGCCGAGCCGGCGCCGGAAGGGGAGGGCGCCGUGGCCACCAAGCCUAAGGCCGAGAAGCCGCCGCCGAUCGGGCCCAAGAGGGGCGCCAAGGUCAAGAUCCUGAGGAGGGAGUCCUACUGGUACAACGGGAUUGGCAACGUCGUCACAGUUGAUCAGGACCCCAACACCCGCUACCCGGUGGUGGUGCGGUUCAACAAGGUGAACUACGCCGGCGUAUCCACCAACAACUACGCCUUGGACGAGAUCCAGGAGGUGAAAUGAGCAGCGAGGCUGGCUGGCUGGCUGUGAAAUGAGGGUCACAACAUCUAGUGUGUAAUAGCUUAAUCUCUGUAAUCAUUAUGUAAUUGCUUGCUUGCUUCACCGUGGACACAAUAAUCUCCUGCUCUUAAGUUGUUGUAUUCUUUUCUUGUGAUUUUGUACAUGCACAUAAACCUCUUUUCCUGCCACCGUUUGUGCGCGAUGCUGGAAACUUGAUCGAUA